UUGUGGCGCUGCCGGAAGCGGGAGCGGGCCGAGCGCAGCGAGCGGCGCUCCCGGUCCCGUGCGGCCGCGGCCCCGUGGCGCCGGCGGCCUGAGGGAGCGGCCCGCCCCGACAUGCCUGCCGGGCUCUCGGCGCAGGUGUUGUUUGGAUUAUAGCAUAGAGGCACUAUGUACUCAGAGUGGAGAUCCUUGCAUCUUGUCAUUCAAAAUGAUCAGGGGAAUACCAGUGUACUUCAUAGCUAUCCUGAGAAUGUGGGGAGAGAAGUGGCAAAUGCAGUGGUGCGUCCUCUUGGACAAGCUUUAAUUACAUCAUCUGUUGGAAGUGAGAGUUUACUAAAAACAGACAAAGAAGUAAAAUGGACUAUGGAGGUAGUUUGUUACGGACUGACCCUCCCUUUGGACGGCGAUACUGUGAAAUAUUGUGUGGAUGUGUAUACAGAUUGGAUUAUGGCUCUUGUGUUACCUAAGGACUCCAUUCCUUUACCUGUUAUUAAGGAACCAAACCUUUAUGUUCAAAGCAUUCUCAAACAUCUCCAAAAUCUCUUUGUACCAAGGCCAGACCCGGGAUCCAGUCAGAUCAGACUGUGCUUGCAGGUUUUGAAAGCUGUCCAGAAGCUGGCUCAUGAAUCGACAAUUAUGGCAAGAGAAACCUGGGAGGUUUUGUUAUUAUUUCUUCUUCAGAUCAAUGACACUCUUCUAGCAGCUCCUACUGUGCAAGGUGGCAUUGCUGAGAAUCUGGCUGAGAAAUUAAUUGGCGUGCUGUUUGAGGUGUGGCUACUCGCUUGUACACGGUGCUUUCCAACRCCUCCUUACUGGAAAACUGCCAAAGAGAUGGUGGCUAACUGGCGACAUCAUCCUGCAGUAGUUGAGCAGUGGAGCAAGGUCAUCUGUGCCCUUACAUCCAGGUUGCUGCGUUUUACAUAUGGACCUUCAUUUCCUCCAUUUAAAAUUCCUGAUGAAGAUGCUGGUCUGAUUCCUCUUGAAAUGGAUAAUGAGUGCGUUGCACAAACUUGGUUUCGCUUUUUACAUAUGCUGAGUAAUCCUGUGGAUUUGAGUAACCCAGCCAUUAUUAGCUCUACCCCCAAAUUUCAGGAGCAGUUUCUGAAUGUGAGUGGGAUGACUCAAGAACUGAAUCAGUACCCCUGCCUUAAACAUCUGCCUCAAAUAUUCUUCCGUGCCAUGCGUGGAAUCAGCUGUUUAGUGGAUGCAUUCCUAGGCAUUUCCCGACCCCGGUCAGACAGUGCACCACCCACGCCAGUGAACAGGCUGAGCAUGCCCCAGAACACUGCUACCAACACCACCCCACCCCAUAACCGGAGGCAUCGGGCAGUGACUGUGAACAAAGCAACCAUGAAAACAAGCACUGUAACUACUGCACAUGCUUCAAAAGUGCAGCACCAACCCUCCUCUACUUCUCCACUCUCUAGCCCAAACCAGACAAGCUCUGAGCCUCGGCCACUUCCAGCUCCUCGCAGGCCAAAGGUUAACAGCAUUUUGAACCUCUUUGGAUCAUGGUUAUUUGAUGCAGCAUUUGUUCACUGUAAACUUCAUAAUGGAAUAAACAGAGACAGCAGCAUGACUGCUAUAGCGACCCAGGCUAGUGUGGAGUUCCGCCGGAAAGGAUCCCAAAUGUCUACAGACACUAUGGCUUCCAACCCCAUGUUUGAUACCAGUGAAUUCCCAGACAACUAUGAAGCGGGAAGGGCAGAGGCGUGUGGGACACUGUGUAGGAUAUUUUGUAGCAAGAAGACUGGGGAGGAAAUAUUACCAGCUUACCUAUCCCGAUUUUACAUGCUUUUAAUUCAGGGUUUGCAGAUAGCAGAUUUCGUUUGCCACCCGGUUCUUGCCAGUGUUAUUCUAAACUCCCCUCCUCUGUUCUGCUGUGACCUGAAAGGCAUUGAUGUUGUGGUUCCCUACUUCAUUUCAGCUCUGGAAACUAUUUUACCUGACAGAGAACUCUCAAAGUUUAAAAUCUAUGUGAACCCCACAGAGCUAAGAAGAGCUUCCAUUAACAUCUUGCURUCUCUGUUGCCUCUCCCUCAUCAUUUUGGAACAAUAAAGUCUGAGGUUGUCCUGGAAGGGAAAUUCAGCAAUGAUGACAGCUCAACRCAUGAUAAGCCAGUAACAUUCCUGUCGUUGAAGCUGAGGCUUGUGAAUAUCCUUAUAGGAGCUUUGCAGACAGAAACUGAUCCCAACAACACUCAAAUGAUACUAGGUGCAAUGUUAAAUAUUGUUCAGGAUUCAGCACUGUUAGAAGCCAUUGGCUGUCAGAUGGAAACGAAUGGUGGUGAAAACAGCCUCUUCAAAAGCCACAGUCGGACUAACAGUGGCAUUAGCACUGCGAGCGGCGGCAGCACAGAGCCCACGACACCCGACAGUGAGCGGCCAGCACAGGCCCUCCUUAGGGAUUAUGCUCUUCAUACAGAUACAGCUGCUGGAUUGCUGAUCCGCAGCAUUCACCUGGUAACCCAAAGGCUCAAUUCCCAGUGGAGACAGGACAUGAGUAUCUCUCUGGCUGCCCUGGAACUGCUCUCUGGACUGGCAAAGGUGAAGGUGGUGGUGGAUCCCUCGGACAGGAAGCGCGCAAUCAGCUCCGUGUGCAGCUACAUCGUGUACCAGUGCAGCCGCCCGGCCCCGCUGCACUCCCGGGACCUGCACUCCAUGAUCGUGGCAGCCUUCCAGUGCCUSUGUGUGUGGCUCACAGAGCACCCCGACAUGCUGGAUGAGAAGGAUUGUUUAAAAGAGGUACUGGAGAUUGUGGAGCUGGGCAUUUCAGGGAGUAAAUCCAAAAACAGUGAACAGGAGGUCAAAUACAAAGGAGAUAAAGAGCCAAACCCCGCAUCCAUGCGAGUGAAGGAUGCUGCUGAAGCUACACUAACGUGCAUUAUGCAGUUACUUGGAGCAUUUCCUUCUCCCAGUGGUCCUGCUUCUCCUUGCAGCUUGGUGAAUGAAACCACGUUAAUUAAAUAUUCCCGUCUCCCUACCAUAAACAAGCACAGCUUCCGUUACUUUGUUUUGGAUAACAGUGUCAUCCUGGCCAUGUUGGAGCAGCCUCUAGGGAAUGAACAGAAUGACUCUUUCCCCUCUGUCACGGUUUUGAUCCGUGGGACAUCUGGAAGAUUUGCAUGGGCCCAGCAACUCUGUCUUUUACCAAGAGGAGCUAAAGCAAAUCAAAAGACGUUUGUACCAGAACCUCGACCAGCUCCUAAAAAUGAUGUUGGGUUGAAAUACAGUGUGAAACACCGCCCUUUUCCUGAAGAAGUGGACAAGAUUCCAUUUGUGAAAGCUGAUUUGAGCAUUCCUGAUCUGCAUGAAAUCGUGAACGAGGAGCUGGAAGAGCGCCAUGAGAAGCUGAGGAAUGGCAUGGCCCAACAAAUUGUCUUUGAGACUUCCAUAGAUCAGAGAAGUGAAGAGGAGUGGCGGAAAAAGAACUUUCCUGAUCCCAUCACGGAGUGUAAGCCCCCACCACCAGCACAGGAGUUCCAGACAGCGCGUCUCUUCCUCUCUCACUUCGGCUUCCUCUCGUUAGAGGCACUGAAGGAACCUGCAAACAGUCGUCUACCUCCUCACCUGAUUGCACUUGACUCUGCUCUUCCGGGSUUUUUUGAUGACCUUGGCUACUUGGAUUUGCUGCCUUGUCGUCCUUUUGAUACUGUUUUCAUUUUCUACAUGAAAGCAGGCCAGAAAACGAGCCAGGAGAUCCUGAAGAACAUGGAGUSUUCCAGAAUUGUUCAGCCCCACUUCCUGGAGUUCUUGCUGUCUCUUGGCUGGUCUGUUGAUGUUGGGAAGCACCCUGGGUGGACUGGRCAUGUCUCCACAAGCUGGUCAAUCAACAGCUGCAGUGAUGAAGAGGGACCUGAACAAGAUGAUCUAAUUAUCUCAGAAGAUGUUGGGGCAAGUAUCUUCAAUGGGCAGAAGAAGGUGCUGUAUUAUGCAGAUGCWCUGACAGAAAUCGCCUUUGUUGUCCCAUCACCAGUGGAGUCCCUGACUGAUUCACUGGAAAGCAGUGUCUCUGACCAAGAAAGUGACUCCAACAUGGAUCUGUUGCCYGGAAUAUUAAAGCAGCAGCCUCUAACGCUUGAACUCUUCCCCAGUCAUACAGACAAUCUUAAUCCCUCCCAGCGGCUCAGUCCUACUUCCAGAUCCAAGAGGAUGCCUCAGAGCCGAACCAUUCCACCAAUGGGACCUGAAACCAAAGUGUACGUGGUCUGGGUCGARCGUUAUGAUGAUAUAGAAAACUUCCCCCUCCCUGAUCUGGUAUCUGAGACUAGCACUGGUGUGGAAACCACAGCUAACAGUAGCACUUCACUCAGAUCUAGCAUUCCUGAGAAGGAAAUUCCUGUGAUCUUCAUCCAUCCUUUAAACACUGGCUUAUUCAGGAUAAAACUACAAGGAGCAACUGGGAAAUUCAACAUGGUUAUCCCACUGGUGGAUGGAAUGAUAGUCAGUAGGAGAGCUCUUGGUUUUUUAGUAAGACAGACAGUAAUAAAUAUUUGUCGGAGAAAGAGGCUGGAAAGUGAUUCAUACAACCCCCCCCACGUCCGCCGAAAACAGAAAAUAGCAGAUAUUGUCAAUAAAUACAGGAACAGGCAGCUGGAGCCGGAGUUUUAUACCUCGCUUUUCCAGGAGGUUGGGCUCAAGAACUGCAACCCCUAGGUCAUUAUCCUUCCAGGACAAUUAAAUCAGAGCUUGGUGGCUACACUAAUAAAAACAGUUAAAUAACAACAACAAAUUUUCUCAGCCCUCCGGAAUUCAGGAAAUCAUGUUCUAGCACAAGUCAGCAGAUACCAUGUGGGAGGAAUGAGAAAUGAAUCUGAAACAUUGCAGUUGGGAUAUCGACUUGAUUCAUCUACCCUUAGAAGAUUACUGAAUUCCAGUCUUCCUGGAUGCUAGCAAAAUAAUCUCUUCACCCAGUCAUUCUUUCCAGACUAAUUAGGAACUGUAGGUGUCUCACUCUGAGGGGAAAACAAUCAAAGUCAUCUCUGCAUAUGAGGAUGGAAAUAAAAAUACAAACAAACCUGUCCUUAGACACCUUGCUGCACCCACGUGUCCAAUGGCAAGGAGCAGGAUCUCUUAUUGAAGGAAGAGUCUGUUCCAGAGCAUUAGCUUUCCCUGCAAGAACUUCAAAGACAUUUUCAGUCCCCCUUCAGUGUUCAACAGAAGAUCCUUCACUGGUUGUAAUGCAUCUGUGUACCAGAAGCAAGAGGAGGAAGAUUGCUUGGGAAGAGCAGGUCCUGAAAUGCAAACCCAGAUGCUGUAUGUGGCCACUCCCUCCAGGGCUCCGAGUGAGCGAGAUGUGUCCUGCUGACAACAGCCACCACCUGAAAUUACCUGGCUUUUGAUAGGAGUUGUUACUGGAGAAGAGCUUUUGGUUAUAUAAAAGCGAUGUUAUGACUUGCAGGGCUGUUGCAAAAAGUCACAUUUAAUUUCAGUAGCUUGGUUUUUAUUCUUAAUUUUUUUUUUAUGGAACUACUUAAUUUAUUUUGAAGUGUCUGUGUCACCUACUCGCCAUUUCCAUAAAAAGCAUAAACUUCAAUUGCCUUCCUUCCAUUGCAUUGAAAUMUGAGAUUUCAGGGCUGCCUCCUCCCUUUUAUUUAUAGCAGGAGCAGGUUUUGCAGCUUCUAAACACUUCUCAGAAAGUCCUGUUAAACAGACUAAACAACUCAAAAAGRAAAUACAUGGAUUCUUCUUUUCCUCAUUGACUUCAAUUCCAUGAAAGCCCCUUUGGAGUUAUAACUUCACCUUGUUUUGAAUCUCCUAUAUGUUCUCACACUCAGCAGUAGUACUUCUCUUCCACCUCAGUCAGGAGUUUUCAUUUUCAGCCUGUAGCUUUGAUUUGUUCAGGAUGCAAAGGAUGUGCUGGGAAAAGAUGUUUACAGCUCUGAGUGUGAUAUUGGGAUYUCGGAGGUGCAGGAUCUUUCCAACACCAGGUAGUGGAAGAGGAUGAGUGAGCAAGAAUUUGGGGACCUCUUCACAUUAUUUCUGAAGUGGUUUUAAUAAGCUGUGCUAUGCAUUGCAGUAAUACCUGUCAGGCAUUGAAUUUUGGUAUUUUAGAGCUACUUUUUGCAACAGUUCUGACGUGAAGCAGUCGUAAUUGUUUCAUUACAGCUUGUCUGCCAAGGACAGACCUUGCUCCUGGCUUUCCACAGAGUUUUUCCACAGAGUUCAUGGAAAUGCAGGCCCCUAAAAACAAAUGUGAAAGGACUUCMAGGUGGUCAGCCAAGGGGUGUUUAGGUGAUGUGUGCUUGUUGCAGGGAAUAAGUGCACUGACCUCUCAACUCAGGAGCUCUGGAAUUUGAUCCAGAUGAAUAAAAAGUGAAAAAAUAAAACCACCCAAAGAAAACUGCUGUAGCAGGAUGUGUGCUGGCUGGCCCAUGCCCUUGUGCUGCCCAGGUGGCACAUGGCAGGAAGAGCUCCCAGGGCAGUGGUCGGGUGCAUUGGCCAAGCUGUGCAGGGAACUUGGACAGCCUCAUUCCUCUGCCAAACUCUUGCCAGGAGCGAUUUAACGCAUGGAUGCUAAAUUUACCCACACUGUGUAUGUACCUAUUGGAUGUAAUUAAUGGCCAAACACUUGAAUUCACUGGUUUAAAAGGCAUGAGCAAUGCAUGUGUAACCAAUAAACAUCCCGAGCAAUUGGUGUCUGCACAUUGAUAGUGUAACAGCACCUGCAUCCACCACGGCUCAGUGUUGCCCAGUCCUGGCUGCUCUAGAACGAGCUGGUGAGCAGGUGCUGUCAAAGUCUGGCCAAACUGAUGGCUUUAGUUAGUCCAGGGUACUGUCUUGAGAGCUUUUCCCCUAAAGGGUCAGAGCRUAUGAGGUUUAUGUCCAAUUGUGAUUGCAAGAGCUAGUCAAGAAUCUGGAUUUUUUUUUAAUGUUACAAACUGCUGCAUAGAAUUUCUGACGAUGUUUGAGAGGCUUGGGUCAGCAUUCCUGUCCWUUGGAGGGGACAAGCUCUGACCCCCCCACUGACCUGCAGGUAUUCCACAGUAACUAAACUGAGACUUUUUUUUUUCAUCAAACCUUUAUGUUUGGGUUCGUAGUUCUGUUUUAACAGAGCAGGAGGUGACCACUGUUGCCUUGUUAAACACAGUGCUGAAAUUACAUUUUAGUACCUUAACAGAGACUUUUAAAGAAAAGCCAUUCUUUUAAAGGUACUUUCAAAAAGGUGUUAGAACCUUACAGCAAGCAGGAGAGGGGGAGGAUAGUGCCUGUGGAAAUUGGGGUGUCUGUGGGGAGCAGUAUGUGUGAGGCCACAGGGAAGAGCAGCCCUGGCUGCCCCUGGGCUGUACCUGCUGGGUUCUCUGUAGGUCACAGCAGUUCUUUCCACAARGUUCUGCAUUCCCAGGAAGAGGAGAGGACUAACUCUCAGCCUCACAGACAAAUUUGAUGCAUUUUUGUGAUUGUGUAAUUGAGUGAUACCUUUGAAGGCAAACACAGCCCUUUUCCCCAUGGAUUCAGCAGGAGCAAUUAGAAGUGAGAACGCCAGAUAUCAUGUGCUUCAAUCAUAGACAAUUUGUAUGAAUUCCUGUAUGUUGCCAAGACAUGAACUUUUUGUUCUUACUGUAUUUUUCUGUAAAUAUUCCUGGCGCUAAGUUGUAAAGUAAAGGCAAAAUGUAAAUAUGAAGAUGUGAACUAUGUUCCCUUGUCUCUAGUACAUUAUCUCUUACUUGUUUAGGGAAGGCACACAAAGGCUUGUUUGUAUUUAUGCCAAUUCUUUGUCCAGGAGAAACACAUCAAAUAUUGAAUGUAACACAAUUAGUCCAAUAAAUUUUAAAGAUUCUUAUCUAGUAACUUUG